UCCUGCCCCCUGCACUCGAGACCCAGUGGAGCCUCGGGAAAGGCUGCAGCCUUCAUGGACCACAAGCGGGGUGCAGGCUAGCAGCGUCGGGGUCCGCGGCCACGCGCUCUCCAAAGGACCUCCCGAGACUGAGCGCGGCCGGAAGAAGCGGCGGGUGGCCCCAGCGAAGGUCCGAGCUUGCCAGGUAGGGAUUAGGCAGAUGGCCAGGCAAAGUUGAUCAGUGCGGGAGGUGGCUGGCCUGAGCCUUCUCGCCGCUGGGAACCGCCAAGCGACUUGAACUCGACCUCGCCGCGCCGCGCCCCGGGCGCGCAGUGCAGCGCUGAUCUGCUGCUGCCCCGCGCGGGAGCGCACUUGCAAACUUGGUGGAGGUGCCCUGCGCGUCCUGUUGUGUAACCUCCGCGCUGCCAGCUGGACCGGGAAGUUGCCCGCCCGUCCUUCAGCUUGGUUCAGUCGCAACCUCGGGGCCAAUUUCAUGGCCCGCGACGAACGCGCGGCUAGAGCCGGCGUGGGCGAGCCCCCGCGCGCCCCGACCCGUGGGGAACUCCCGCGCGCCGUCCCUUCCCCUCGCCCGCGCCUCCGAUGCGCGCUGAGCCCCUCGCCGCUGCCGCCCGCUCGCUGCGGUCUGCCCCUCCGAGUUGCUGCCUGAGUUGGAGAGCAGAGGAUGACCGAGGUCCCUUGGCCAGCUGUCCCCAACGGGACGGACACAGCUUUCCUGGCUGGCCUGGGCUCGCCUUGGGGAAACAGUACAGUAGCUUCCACGGCAGCAGUUGCCUCUUCAUUCAGAUGUGCCCUGACCAAGACCGGCUUCCAGUUCUACUACCUGCCGGUGGUCUACAUAUUAGUGUUCAUCAUAGGCUUCCUGGGCAACAGCGUGGCUAUCUGGAUGUUCGUUUUCCACAUGAAACCUUGGAGCGGCAUCUCCGUGUACAUGUUCAACUUGGCUCUGGCGGACUUUUUGUACGUGCUCACCCUGCCAGCUCUCAUCUUUUAUUACUUCAACAAGACUGACUGGAUCUUCGGGGAUGCGAUGUGCAAGCUUCAGAGAUUCAUCUUCCAUGUAAACCUCUAUGGCAGCAUCUUGUUCCUCACCUGCAUCAGCGCACACAGGUACAGCGGCGUGGUGUACCCGCUCAAAUCUCUGGGCAGGCUCAAGAAGAAGAAUGCCAUUUAUGUCAGCGUGCUGGUGUGGCUGAUUGUGGUGGUGGCCAUCUCCCCCAUUCUCUUCUACUCUGGCACUGGGAUGCGGAAAAACAAAACCAUCACCUGCUAUGACACCACCGCCGAUGAGUACCUGCGAAGUUAUUUCAUCUACAGCAUGUGCACAACCGUGGCCAUGUUCUGCAUCCCCUUGGUGCUGAUCUUGGGCUGCUAUGGAUUAAUUGUUAGAGCUCUGAUUUACAAAGACCUGGACAACUCUCCUCUCCGGAGGAAAUCCAUUUACCUGGUAAUAAUUGUCCUGACAGUGUUUGCUGUGUCUUACAUCCCUUUCCACGUGAUGAAAACGAUGAAUCUGCGGGCACGGCUGGAUUUCCAGACCCCAGAAAUGUGUGCAUUCAAUGACAGGGUUUAUGCCACCUACCAGGUGACACGAGGUCUGGCAAGUCUCAACAGCUGUGUGGAUCCCAUUCUUUAUUUCUUGGCUGGAGACACUUUCAGAAGGAGAUUGUCCCGAGCCACCAGGAAAGCUUCCAGGAGAAGUGAGGCCAAUUUACAAUCCAAGAGUGAAGAAAUGACUCUCAAUAUCUUAUCCGAGUUCAAGCAGAAUGGAGACACCAGCUUGUGAAGGCACCAGACCCAAACACCUCCCUUUUGUAACAUGGUAGGAUGCUCACAGAACAAACUAUCUUUUUGUUCUCCUUAAGUUCCUAGUGCUCCAGAUCAGACAGUAGUGAGUUGAGAAAAAAAAAAGGAAGCAUCGGUUUAUUGCACACUCACGUUUAUCUUCCUUUCCUGUAAGCUCCUUUCUUACUCACUAGGAGUCUGUGUAAUCGAGCAGUGCCACCUAGAUAAACACGCCCUCUUCUCCCUUUGAAACUCACAGGCACGGCUAUUAUUUAAGUGUGUGCAUGUGUAGCAGGGCACUUUUGAUAUUAAAAGUUUCUCCCAGAAAAACUGGCCGCCUGGAAUUGGAGUUUGUGAUUUGUCCAGCCUCUGUUGCUGUGUGCAUCUCAUGGUGAAAACAAACUAAAGUCUCUACUUUCAAAAACUGCUUGGCCUAGGCUAAUACCAGUCAGUCCAUUCAGUAAUGAGCAGCUGCCUGCGGUCCGUGCCCUUCAGUUCCUCGGAAGCAUAGAUGGUGGCUGAUAAUGUCUUUGAGGAAUUGAAAAGGAAAAUAAAAUCAGUGGACUUUUAUGUGUGGAAAAUGAGUAUUUCCAGUCAUUUCUGGAAGACUGAUUCCGGCACAUUGCCUGUUUAAUGUUUGGUGGUGGGAGGAUGCGGAUAUUAUAUUAUUGGCAAAAUACAUUCAAAAUAAUUGAAGUGCAUGUGUUUUUCUUAUAAAUAUUGUGGACUGUUAGGCUUCCUGGGAUAAAAAAAAAAAAAAAAGCCCUCACUUGCUCCACUGCUGUGCAGUGUCUUUGGACUUUGUGUUCCAAGAGAAGUACUCACCCACAUCUGUGAAAACAAUUUUGAGAAAUCACAGUUAAAUUUCAGACUGAAGGUUGGUUGGCUGAAGCAGCAGAAUGUUAGAUUGAGGGCUAUAGAGCAGGGCUGUUAGUGUUUUAGAGGACUGUGGUUGACAGACAUUCACAGUGCGGCUGGGGGUGGGGAGAAGAGUUCUAAAAUAGUAAUGGGAAGAAGGUUCCUUCUGAUUCCUCAGAGUUCUUGAAAACAUGAAAUGCCUACUGAAAUGUGAAUGUAAGGAAGUCAUAGGUGUGCCAAGAGCAUGGGCAGCUGAAAUCUUUUAACAAAUUGUAAUGUUUUAACAAAUUGUUAUCUUUUAGUGACACUUGAAAUGAAAAACAUUUGCAGAGAGAAAGUAGAGGAAAUUAACUUGGAAGUAACCGAGGCACCAUAAAACUGAAAAGAAGGCAAUUGAAAGUAUACAUCAAGCCCUCUGUAGUUAGGGGAUAGCCACUGUUUUCUACUCUUGUCUGCUAAGCAGCAGUGAAAUAUUUGUAAGAAGGUACUGAAAUUUAAAAAGAAUUUUCAAUGAGUAACGAAUUGCUACAUUUGUAGUCCUUGGUAUCACCAAACUUAAUAUAAUUAAAAUAAUGAGGAAACAGUCACAAAUAAAUAACCUGCUGUCAGAAGAACUUUAGCUUGAAAGCUAGUCUUUACCGGCUAUCUUCUGAGGUUAUAAAUGACGCUAGAAAGCGCUUUUAAAGUACUUCCUAAGACAAAAAAAAAAAAGAACCUUUGUGACCCAGUAGGAUAUAAUGACAUAAAAUUCAGGGCUGGAUGUCAGUUUUAGACACGCGAGUGACCGGGGACCUGAGAGCUCUUUGGAGUGCUUCCAUUUGCCAAGUCUCAUGUUACUCAGACCCAUGAAGAAGAGCUGCAUUCAGCCUUCCUAUCUCUCAGUGGCUCUCUUACACAUUCAGUCUUGCCAUAAAAGCCAACUGAAGUAGACACUUUAGGUGUCUUCCACUUUUGAGGUUUGCAGAGUUCCCAAGGUGUUAAGAUUCAUGCAGCAUUUUCUGUUUCAGAACCCUACAGACAAAAGUCUAAAACAUAGCCUCAGUACGUUGACACUUCAAAACUGUUCAGUGGCUCAAAAGUAAUUUUGUUAAACUAAUCCAAAUGGAAAUUUCAGAAACACACAGCUCAGAGAUUUAUAUGUCUCCAUUAUUUCCUCAUUGUUUAAUACAGUUUUCUGCGUUUGAAUUUCAUGAUGCCAGUCUGAUCUUGGGUAGAUAUUAAAUGCACUGUUUCAACAUUCAUAAACUGUUCUUUGGGGAUGUGUUUUGGUGAGGGGAACCAAGGUCCUUUACACUUUGCCGUGUUCCUCUUUCUUGGGAUUAGCCCCAGGGCCUAAUGGAUACUAGGCAAGAGUCCAGCCACUGAGAUACAGCCCCAGCCUCACCUUCUUCCUUAGAUUGCUUCAUCAUUUAAUAAAAUAACACUGACUGUGCCAAAUUCUUCCAGGUCAAGAGAAGUCCCUGAGAUGACCUGUGCGUGUACAGGUCAGGAAGAAGCAACGCGUUAUUAGCCAAAAAACCAAUUUGUGCCACCUGAUAUGAGUAAGCAUAUUCAUAGUAAAGACAGAUCUGUUGACACUUGGGUGAAUGACACCAAAAAAUGUACGGUUUAGCAAGUCACUGAAUUUCACACUGCUAAAGUGUUUCCAACUUCAAGGGUUUGUGAUUGUUGUCGGUUUUGUUGUUAUUCCUUACAAAUUGUUCUUUGACUCUUUGAAGGUUGCUUUGAACUUAUAUUGCACUAACAUGAUAAAUUAAGAAGAAACGUAGCACAGAGAAAAUUCAAAAUUAAAACCACGAUGUGGCUACGGAGAAUUUGCUGGAAUCUUGACACUUGAAUCCCAUUUUGCAUGAGCAGCAAAAGUGAGAGGGUAUUCAUUUGUUGGCACCAUGGGUGCUGCGGUAAAUCUUGAAAAGCAGACAAUGAGAAUCUGGUUCUGUGCUUCCUAGGACUCUUCCAUCUAGUCCUUGGAUAAAAUUCUUUGUGUUUACCAACUGUUGUAUGGACAGGUCAAAACCUGAAAAUCUCUACUUAACCAGAACACUAUACCACCUUUUUAUAUGUCAGAUACCAGUACUUAGCAAGAGCCAGAAUUCAAUUAGUAACAGAACUUAGAAGAUGUGGUACUAGUAAGCAUGUAUCAAAGAUUUUGUUUUGCCAAUUGAAUGUAAUUACUACAAUAGUAUUUAUUGAUGAAGCUCGUGGGCCUUCAGCUGUACAGACUGUAAAACUUCUUUGAAAGUACAAUAUGCUGAUGUAAAUUCUAUUUAUUGCAAUGUAUAAUAUUCAAAUGUCACACUGGCAUAUUUUAUGAUAAUAUAGUGCUAGAUAAAAUGGCAAUUAUAUUUAAGACUUUUUCAUAUGUUAGUAUUGAACAUUUAAGACUAGUUUGUAUUUGAAUCUAAAACAAAAAUCUGUUUUAUUAUGUGUUUAAUUUUCCCUGGAUUUGGGUUUGCAUGCCUUCCUUUCAUUCAGGAUUCUUGUUCUACAGGCACAACUUGGUGUUAGACUAUUAUAAGAUUCAUAACAAGUGUAGGAUAUUUUAGACAGGUUUUGUAUUGUGUUAUAUAUAUAUUUGUAUUAUAGAAAGUUUGUGUUGUCUUUUCAGAAUGUUUGGAAUAUGCCCUAAAUAUUUCCACUGCCACAGGCUAAAUAAGGCUUGUCUCCUACUCAAAAUGGAUGAUUUAGAAGUCUAGUGGGCAUUAUAGACAUGAUGUAAGAAUUGAAACACACAUUUAGUGAAACAGCAAGAGAAAAGUGCGGCUGAUGUCUUUUGCUAGAUCUUGAAGCUUUGCAUUGUACUUUUUCUUAAGACAACACAGUACAAUCUUAACAUCUUUAAGGUAGGGGUUUUACCUAACACUACCAACAAGUUCAGCAUUGCAAUUGACUUUAAUCUAUUUUCUUCAGGCACUCUGGCAACUUCAAUGCCAACAUUUUUAGUGAUAACUGUAUCAUUUGGCUGCUAAAUUCUGCCACUUUUUUUUUAAAUGAAGGUGAACUUAUGUUACAGAACAAAAUUUAUGCAUUUGAGUUAUAUGUUGUUUUAGAGAUUUUUCAAGAAGAUUUUAUUUUUAUAAUAUCUGUGAUUUUCAUGUAGAUGAUGGAAGCGGAUUUCUUUGCAGUUAGCAGCGCUACGGAGAAGUAUGAAACAGUGUUAUUUGAUUGACACUUUGAGCCUUCUCAGGUUUAUCAGCAUCAGUGAUAGCUUGACAAAAUUUGGGUUGAUUACAUAUAACUGUCUUUGUAAUAAAAAAGAGGUGUACUUCCCGUAAAAGCACAGUAUUGUUUGAAUGUAGCAGGCUGCAGAAUCUCCCGUGUUUCUGUGCUUGCGUGCAUGUGUGUGAGUGCGUGUGUGCGCGCGUGUGUGUGGUGUGCCCAAGGCAUGGCAGCCAACCUUGUAUCUGCUAUUUAUAGUAACAACAGAACUUUAUAAUUGAGGUCAUCGGAAUUAUACUUAUCAUAGACAAUUCAAACUGAGAAAUUCAAUAAAACUAUGAAAC